CCGCCCCCUCUCCCGCCUGCCCCCGGGCAGCGGCCCGCGGGCGGGAGCGCAGCGGAGGCAGCUGGUGUCGUGGCGGUCGCUGGCGGCCACCUUCGUGCUGUGCGGGGGGCUGCUGGUCGCUAUGAAGAAGGUGAAGCGGUGGAAGGAGGAGGAGCUGGAGAAGGAACGAAACCGAGGCAUUGGGAAACCACUGCUAGGAGGGCCCUUCUCGCUCGUCAGCCAUGAGGGACAGCCCAAGAGCAGCAAGGACUACAUUGGCCAGUGGGUGCUGAUCUACUUUGGCUUCACUCACUGCCCUGACAUCUGUCCUGAUGAACUGGAGAAAAUGAUUCAAGUGGUAGAGGAAAUUGAUGGAAUUCCAUCUUUGCCUAAUCUGACCCCACUCUUCAUCACCAUUGAUCCUGAGAGGGACAACGAGGAAGCCAUUGCCAAAUAUGUUAAAGAAUUUUCUCCAAAGCUGGUUGGAUUGACUGGUACCAAGGCACAGAUUGACCAAGUGGCCAAAGCUUACCGUGUGUACUUCAGUGAAGGUCCCAAAGAUGAAGACAAUGAUUAUAUAGUGGAUCACACAAUAAUCAUGUACCUCGUUGGGCCAGAUGGUGACUUCGUGGAUUAUUAUGGACAGAAUAAGAGGAGCAGCGAGAUUUCUGCUUCUAUUGCUGCCCACAUGAGAAAAUACAGAUCCUAAACCACAAGGUCUUCAAAGAUUGAUGUGAACAUCACCUGUUGGUUUGGUUGUAAUUGGGCAUUGGAGUUAAGAGCAGAAGCAUCCAAGUGUAAUGUCCUGCCACCACAUGCCUUCUUUUUUUUCCAAAUAUAAAAGGAACCAUACUUCUGUAAAACACCAUUGUCAAAAGUCUCUGUAGACCCUUCACCAUGGAUAUUAUUUGCAGCAAGAUCUGCAGAAUGAAAUUUGGGACUUUUGCUCCCAAUUGUUGUUGGGAGCAAAAAAUGGAAAAUGUUUUUCAUUUGGGAAGGACAUAUGUAUCACUGGUAACAUGAAUUGGUAUCUCUUGGCAGGACAUCAGUGAAGGACAGUCACUGCAGGAGGAUGAGUACUUGAUGAAAAGCCAUAUGGGCCAUGGCAUUCUCAGGGGACACCUCCCCUCUUUUUUUCUGCGCUGUUUUUUGCCUCUGAGAGAGGCAGUUACAGAAUUAGAGGCAGGAGAACGCUUCUUUAUCAAAGACAGAAAGGUGAAGAGCGCUGAAAACAUGGACAGCUUCCACAUGUGGGACCAGCUCUGUAGUGGGUGUGAUCUCUUCUUCAUUUGAAUGCAGAAAUGAAAUGGUUUUCUCUUGGUGAUUUUUCCAGGUGAACUCUGUUAACUUGAAAUGAGUAAUGGCUUAAAAAUAGUUUUUUCUUCUGAUAUAAAUGGUUUUAUGCAUGGCUGGCCUGAUUGUGGCAUGCUGCACAGUGACGAGGGUAAAAAGGGUAUGUGUCUGUGCUGUCAAUUAGAUAUAUUUUAUGCAGUGCAGCACUUGACAAUAAAGAUUGUUUUGGGUAAGCAAAGUAUGGGGUUUUUUCCUUUGUUAGAUGUCAUUGGAAAGUCAUCAGAACUUUGUGUGCUGGUCAGUCUUUGUAUUCUUUCUCUGUUUUCUCUUCUGGAAAGUAGUGUUUAUCUAUAGUAGUGCAAACCAUAAGCUGAAUGCAUUUCUUUAAGGUAGCUGAAGCCCAGAGAAUGGCCUACAGGAGACAAAACAGAAGAGCUCUUGUUGCAAGUCCCAGUGUGUUUCUAACUGAGCAUAAGAGUUCCUGGGUGUGGGGUCAGAAGAGAAUUUCUGCAGGAAGCUGCAGUAUCUAUGGUAAAUUUCCAUCUUUACAAAAUCCUGAAGAACAGUCAGCCUUUUGCAGGGCAGUUAAGAAACAUGAUAAAGCAGCAUAAGGUAUUCAGCAGCAUGAUGGUGACUUCCUGAGGGUGUUGGUGAGAUUACUGUGAUGGAGCAUGGCUGAGACUUCACACUUCUGAGACAGUUCUGGCAAGAAAGGAUUCCUGAAGUUCCAAGGUACUGUUUUAUUUUUUUCCAGCUCAAAUGCUGGGUAGUUUAAAGAAGUUUUUUUUAGUUUUAAAGGAUCAGCAAGACAUUAUUUUGUAUCAGUUUACAGUGGGAGUUCUUUAAAAAGUGUCUGAGUAGCAUCAAACUCAACAGCUGAAAGGGAAAGGUUUUUUUUCCUCCUUGUCCUGCCUGAUUGAUUACAGGAGGCACCAGGACUGGCUUCCAAAGGAAAUGUCACACUUUCAGUCUUCUAUCAAUUAGAGGCUGUGUCAAAUCCAAGGUGUUAUUGAUAACACUAGUGUCUGUGAGAAGUGACACCCUUACAAUAAUGAUUUCAUUCUCCCAGAGCAGUUGGAAGUGUCUGUUAUUUCUAAAGAGACUUUCCUCACCUUUUUCCCCACAAUCCUGGAGGUACUUUAUUUUGAAGUCUUUCCUUUUGGCACCUAUGAUUAGCUCUGUGUUUCUUUGUACACUAGUUCAUUUUGAAACAAGACAGGCCAUGGCUUGACCUGCUGGUGACAGCCCUGUGGGAAACUGGAGCUGAGACCUCUGGAGCUCCCUUCCAACCAGCACUCCCUGAUACUAUGAAAGUUUUCUUGUUGAGUCCAACCAAAACAAUUGUAUGUGAUUGUAUGAAGCAAUGAUAAGUAAAAAUAAAACAAA